CCACACUGGCGGACGGACGGCCGGCGCGCGUUGACGGCCGUUAACGGCCCGUCCGCUGUCGGAACGGCGCCUGUCGGUGGGCCAAUAAGUGAGAGCGAGCUCAGCCGCUCAUUCUCCUCCUCCUCGCUCGCUCUCACUCGUCCUCACUCCAUCCUCUCCCUCUCCCUCUCCCUGGUCCUCUGACCUAGGUCAGCCUAUCGCCGUCGCCGCCGCGGCCAUUGCUGCCGGUCGAAGGUGAGGAUGUCAUCCUGGUAUGACGAGGACAGCUCGGACGAGGACAUCAACAUGGUUUCAUUGGAUCAGCAGCUAUUUGAAACCCCUGACACUGUGGUGGAACCAUCUUUCUGUGGUUCUUACACUGAAUCUGAGCCGACGUGCAUGAUGCAUCAUCAGAGGCCGAAGAAGAUGGUGGCUUUUGAAGGUUCUUUGACUGGCAGGCGUUUCCUGGGUUGUCCUAUGCAGCAGGAUGAAGGUGUGAACUGUGGGGUUGUGGAGUGGGUGGAUGGUCCUUGGCCAGAGAUUCUACAAAGGUGCCUAACCAGGAUUUGGGACAUGUAUCAUGAGCAGAACUUGGGCAGGGUGAAUGACAAACAAGCCCAUGAGAAAGAGGUGGCCAAGCUACAGAAGGAAAUUAAUUUCCUGUCAAACAACUACAGCCAGUUGGUGGAAGAUGUAUCCAACCUAUUUGACUAUCAAGAUGGCAAGAUGUCUCAUGACAUGGACUAUACCAGUCAGGCAAUCAAUGAACUAGCUGAGAAGAAUAAACAACUUGAGGAUCAGGCAAAGAUUGAGUUAAGUAUGGAAAAGUUAAAGCUUGCCAAGGAGCAAAGGUGCAUUCUUCAAAGCCAAGCAGAGAUCAUUCAGAACAUGAGGAAGGCCAUGAAGGAAGUGGAGGGGGACAGGGACCUACUUAAGCAAGAGAAGAAGAAGUUAGAGUAUCUUAUUGCUGAUCUGCUCAAUGUUGGGCAUGACAGCAAAGCUAAGCUAGAGAGGAUCAAGGCAAUUAUGAAUGAGUGAAGUGGUUGGUUUGUGGGUUAAGUAAUUAGUAGGCCUAUAUAUAUAGCUGGCCUUGGAAUGUCAUGCAUGUUAGGUGUAUAUUUUGGGAAAGUUUCAUGUGCUUUCAAAAUGGUAUGAGGGAGGGAGGUAUUGCUAUGGUUUAAGAACUACUUGGUUUUAUCUAUGAUGUAAUGACUAUUAUGUUAAGACCUACUAU